ACAGUGUAAUCUCCUCUCAUUCUGUACUUGUGCAACUGUCCAUUUAGCUCAGUACAUUCCUCCUCCAGGUUCAGCACAGUUUGUCUUCAGAGCUCCCUCAGGCCUGCCCUGCUCUUCUCUGAAUAUGAAUUGGUUCUGCUUUGUUUGGACGGUUCUCUUCUCAAUGGUUUGGCAGUGUCCUGCGGCUCCCAGCACCCCAUCACCUACAGCCCCAGGCUCCACAGCUCAGGACGAGGUGGAAUGCCCCUCCAACUGUGUUUUACUGAUAUACAGCAACAGAUCAACUUCUGAGGCUCAGGAUCCCUUAGUCAUGACCUCCACAGAACUCAAUCCAGACCACUAUGAAGCUCAGAGAGCAGCUCAUGCAGUCCGGUACUACCUCAACACUCUGUAUGGAACCCCCUUCAGACAGCUGUCCUUCUCCAAAGUCCACCAGGCAAGAACUGAGGAUUUGGGAGAGGCAGGGAUGAAGUACCUUCUGGAGAUCUCUGUGAAAGACUCGCUCAACAAGUCCUCAGAAAAGCUCUGCUCGGCAGAAGUUGUGUACCCCAGAGGAGAGACCCAGCAGCCCCCGAAGGUCCAGAUCUCCUGCGCUGCGUCUCUUCAGCUCAACACUUCUGCUGAAGAGGAGGAUUUCUAUAAGCGGUACAGUGCUGCAGACAGUGCUGUGUCUGGAAAGGACAUACCAGACAGCUAUGGUCACGUAGACCCAGAAAUGGUUCCUUUCUGGAAAUUGGCAGGAGUAGCUUCUACCUUCAUCAUGCUGAACGAGUCCAACGAGAACACACUGUACAACCUGGCUCAAGUAGCCAAGAUCACCCAGCUGGAGAGUCAGAAUGGCCAGCUGAGGUUGGAGUAUGUGGUUCUCCUUCAUGACAUGAUUUCUCAGGAGAUAAUUCGCUGGAAGAUGCUGGUCUCCUGGUCUCCAGCAGAGGGCGUGAAAGUGUCAGACACUCAACUGCUGCCUAAAUGCCACUGCAAACCUCCAACUCCAUGAUGCGUUUUGCCCACUCUCUACUAGAAAAACCCACCUAAAUCACAGUAUUGUACAAGACCAUAAUGUUUCAUGUAAAGAAAUGUUUUUAUAUAUUUCAGUAAUGAUUUCAAACAAGUAUGAAAUACUCAACACCCAGUUCAGAUCAGUCAUAUUGAUUAGAUACACCUUCCAUAAUUUUAGAUGAUCAAGACUUUCAAAAAGUCACAACUACAUUAACAUAUUCAUGAUAGUUGGUAUACAGCUCACUCUGGUAACACUACCAGCAGUGCUGUAGAAUUUGGUUCAUUCAUUCCCUCAUUCUCCUCUAGUGCAGGUUGUGGAAAGGAAAAUACAGUAUAAUACAUUUUCAAGUUUUUAAGAAACUGGUUUCAAACUCUAAUAAACAUUUUUUUAGCAUUUAAA